GAAGUAAUAACCAUGAAGGGACUUGAAGUUUAGAGGUUUUUGAUUCAUUCUUUCACUAACGUGUUUGUGCACAUUGUUCUGUUCUUUCUCUACUAGUAAAGUGCACACUUCAAACUUCACAUGCUAAGACUUUCUUUUCAGUUUACGGGUUAGAGAAUCCAGUUCAUGUAAGUUAGGGCUUAUCAUUUGGUACUAUAAACUACAAAAGUAAAAACGAAAGUACCCCAAAAGUGAUAGAAUAUCUGAAUUUCGUGAUCAGUAUAUAAGCAACGAGAUAUAUGGUCUCCCUUAAUCAACUAAUUAAUUAUGAAAGAAAUAACAUCUUCCCAAAUUUUAAGGGAGUACCAGCGAGAUGUAUUUCACGUUGCAAGGAAGCAGAAUACUUUGUUAAUUAUGGCAACUGGGGCCGGCAAAACAUUGCUAGCUGUAAAGCUAAUUAGAGAAAAACAAGAGGAACAAUUACGAGAAGGAAAUGGACGACAAAAGCGUUUGUCGGUGUUUCUUGUUAAUACGGUUCCAUUGGUUAUACAGCAAGCUGAUUAUUUACGAUCACAGCUUCCGUUCCGUAUAGGAGUAUGUUAUGGGGAAGUCUCAAUAGAAAUGUGUGAAAAGCUGUUUCAUGAUAUAAAGCAGAAUUACGAGAUAAUUGUUAUUACAGCCGAUCUGUUCUACCUCUGCUUGGCACGAGGUUUUCUAUCUAUGUUUGAUUUUGAUAUUCUUGUUUUCGAUGAAUGCCAUCAUGCCAUCAAAAACCACGCAUACGCUCGUAUCAUGAUUGACUUUUAUCAUGUCGCAAAACCAUUAGCAACACCUAUAAAGCAGCUCCCAAGCAUCUUUGGUAUGACAGCUUCACCCUACGCUGGGAAGGCUACAAAUCCGCUAAAGAGGAUUUUCGAAUGGGAAGAGUUACUCGAUGCCAAAGCUUAUGUAAUAUCAAACCAGCGUCUCUUUCAUCAUAUGCCUGUUACAAAAGAACUAGUUGUCCCUUACAUAAAUUCACCUAUUGAUGCAUCUCAAAAUCCAAUAAUAAGGAUGUGCGAAACUGUUUUUUCAAACUGCAAGUAUAUAAGCAGGGUAUCUAAAGCUGCACAAUACGAAAUUGUAGAAUCAGGUGUCUGGUUUGGUGAACAAGUUUGGCAAUUCUUAAUUGACGAACUUGUUAAUAAGCAAUCAAGAAAGAAUUGUGACGGAAAAUUGUCGGCUGAGGAAAACCAAUGCAUUAACAAUUUCAUACAUGAGGUACAGAGAUGGUCGCAAAAACAAAAGAAGCUGUAUUCUGGAUUAAGGGCCCCUAUAUUGAAUGGCAAUGACACGAGCAAUAAGGUUUUAACACUUUUGGAAUUUCUUGAAAACUUCUAUAAAGACAAUGAUACUUUUAAGACUAUAAUUUUUGUUGAAAGAAAAGUGACGGCUUAUUCGUUAACGAGAUUUAUACGAACGUUAAAAAAACAGACAGGAAGACUUAGAAAUGUUCGGCCUUUUCCAUUCAUCGGACAUGGAGAUUCGGAUGUGGCAGCGUUGUCUAUGCACUUUCGUGAACAAAGAAACAACAUUCGAAACUUCAAGCAAGGUAUCUAUAAUGUUCUCGUUGCAACCUCCAUAGCAGAAGAAGGAAUUGACAUUCCGACGUGUAAUCUUGUAAUCCGUUUUAAUGUUUGUCAAUCUGUGACACAAUAUGUGCAAUCAAAAGGUCGAGCAAGAGCUAAAGAUUCGAAGUUUGUGCUUUUAGUGAAUGGUGUAGAACAGGUUAAAUAUCAAAAGCUUCAAACCGAGGAGUGCUUAUUAACAACAGCAUUAGAGAAUCUUGAAUCUACUCGUAGAGUAGACUUUCACGUCCCUGAUUAUAACACUAUAACUCCGAAUGAUAUUGUUAAGCACAGGAUAGAGGAAACUGGUGCUUUGUUAAUUGAGUUUUUGGCAAUAGGUCUUUUGUAUCAGUAUUGUAAUACUUUGCCCGCUGAUUAUGUGACUUUUCAUUAUCCUGUUUUUACUUGUAUCUCAGAAGUUCAGUCAUUCAUAUACAAGGUCGACUUACCAGCUAUAUGCAAUAUACCUGCUAAGCGAGGAUCUCCAGCUGCUAAUGCAAAAAAGGCGAAACGCUCAGCCGCCUUUUUGAUGUGUUUGGAGCUUGUUGCUCGUGGGUUAAUAAAUAAGCAUUUGCAACCCCUAGAUUACCGAAAUAAAUUAGCGGAUAUUGAAGAAAGAGAUGAGAAAGCUUUACGAGAUGUCGAACAGGAUGAAUCUUUUGAACGUAAAAUCCCGCAAUGUUGGUCAAACGAUAAAAUUAAGGAAGUUUUUGCCUGUAUACUAUUUCCUACGUGCGAGUGUAGAACAUUUCAUCCUCUGUUGUUCGUCCAGUCACAACGAAUGCCUCAGUUCGAUAUUCUUCGACUUCGCUCUAAUUUUUGUGAAGUCACAGUUAAGCCUGAAUUAUUAGAAACCUCUUAUAUCAUGAACGAUGAGCUGCAAAAUGUCCUUGAAUACUCUACCAAACGGCUAUUAGAGCUUGGUUUGUCUUCUACACUUGAGACAACCGAUUCCACUCGAUCAUAUUGGAUAGCUCCUUUAAACAUGGAAUGCUCAGACAAUGGUAUUCUGAAAAACCUUAUCGAUUGGUCAGCAAUUCGAAAUCUUUCUUGUAACCAUCAGGUUGUGAAGGACGCUACUAUGCUUAAACCCCAGAUUCUAUUAAUGCACGAUCCAGAAAACAGUUUCGAGCUCUAUUCCUUUGAAGCUCUAGUUAGCCAGGAUAGGCAAGAACAUACUGCGAUUUGCAAAAGGAUGCCAUUCAGACUUAAUUAUUCAUUGGAUAAAAAACAAUCUAUGAUAACUGCAAAGCCAAAUUCAAUAAAAGAACUACGUUUACAUCAAUUAUAUCUUACUGAUUUGUCAAAGUGUUUAAAAGAAUCAGCCUUACUUCUUCCUUCUAUACUCUAUCACAUGGAAGCUCUUCUUCUAACGUCUGAAUUUAUGAACGAACAUAACUUGAACUGUUCAUUGAAAACUAUGGUGCAAGCUUUAGCAACUGAGAAUGCUUCAAUGGGUGAAAAUUACGACCGUCUAGAAUUUUUGGGGGAUUGUUUUUUAAAGGUUUGUGCAUCUUCUACUGUUUUCCUAAAGUAUACUUAUGAUCAAGAAUACCAGUUACAUGUCCAUCGAAAGCAAAUUAUUAGCAACUACAACUUAUAUAUGCGUGCGAAAGAUAUACACAUACCGAACUAUGCUUUAUCCUAUCCUAUGGUUAUUCGCAAGUGGUGUCCGUUCGGCUUUUUGAGAGAAAACAAGCACGAAAGUACAUAUCCAUUGUUUCAGCAGUUACCAAAAAAAAGGAUGGCAGACUUGGUUGAAUCUACUAUUGGGGCUUGUACCUUGGACGGUGGAUUGGACACGGGACUUACUUACUGUAGAGGUUUGGACCUUGGGUUACUGGACGUGAAGAAAUGGUCUGAUUGGAAUAAGUUUUUAGACAUCGAUUUUUAUACGAGCUUAGUCUCGCGAACAGUGUUUCCCUAUGAUAAAUAUAUAAAGGAUACUACGGGUUACAGCUUCACCAAUAAAGCAUUUCUACAUUUGGCCUUUAUACACCCAACCAUGUUAGCUUCACAGGAGGUAUCAGGAACAUAUCAACAAUUGGAAUUUUUAGGCGAUGCAGUUCUGGAGUUUAUAGUUGUUCGGUAUCUUUUUCAUAGAUAUCCUAAUUCAACUGCUGGUGAACUAACCAACUAUAAAUCCUUCUUCGUAUGUAACCAUAGUCUUGCGUACUUGGCUUUAACACUUGGCUUGCACAAAUAUCUUCAAUAUGACAAUUCCGAAAUGUUUGGUUUGAUUUAUGAGUACCAGGAGAUGAUUGAAGAAGCCAAAUUAAAUAACGUCCCCUACUUUUGGCUUGAUAUUGACCCUCCCAAGUUUGUAGCGGAUAUUUUUGAAUCACUGAUAUGUGCUAUUUAUUUGGAUUCUGGAUUCUUGUUUGAAAGCCUUCGAUUUUUAUUACCGUUAUUACUUAAUGUCCUCGGAGAUCCGAUAGAUUUGCAAAAGAAAAAUCUGGUCCUAGUCAAAGUACAUAAUCUACUUAGUUCUCAAGGGUGCUCGGAUUAUAAAGUUAUCCACAAGGAAGAAAUAGAGAUAAAAGAAGAAGAAAAUUUUAGAUUGAAAAAAGAGAGCUAUAUAUUUCACACCGUUUCUUUUGUUCGACAUGAUAGAGUUGUAUGUUUAGGUACUUCUCGGAAACUUAAUAGUGCGAAAAUUAAUAUGAAAUACAAACUGAAAGAAUUACUUGAUAAAAACUCAAAUUUACUGCUAUACUCUUGUGAUUGUGCUCUUAGAGCGUCGGAUUCUGUAAAAACAUCAGAGGUGUCUAACCAGAAGGAUAGGAUAUUUGACUGAUAAUAUCCUUAGGAAUUUUCUAAAAACUCUCACUUAUUUCUUUAGGUUCGAUCCCUUAUAAUUUCGAAGUGCAUCUAGUUGAGUUUCAAGAACGCGCACUUUGUCAUGGUACUCAGCAAGCUCCUCAUUCAAGUCAUCACGAACAACCGUAAGUUUUUCUUCUCUCUCCUUAAAAGUAUUCUCGAGCUCCAUCGACAUUUCUUCAACUUUCUUCUGGAUAAAUGCUUUUUCCUCGUUUAAGCGUUCAUAGUGAGCUUUAUUAAGCUUUGGGAUACCAUUUUUUCGGUUUGUUAAUUGCUCCUGGCGAUAGCGUUCAUAAAUCACUUUUUCCGUGGAUUGUACCAGUUCAAGCAUAUGAUUGUUUAUAAUUAGGUCCUUCAGCUUUAAGAAGUCGCAGUGAUCAUUAUUCUCAAUUUCUGACAUUCCCCAAGGAUAAGUUCGACCAAUCUUCCCUUCGUUUUUACGGUUUGCAGCUUCCGUGGUUGCAACAAUUGCGAAUGGGCAGGCUUGUGAAAGAUCUCUGGCUAUUUCAUCAGCAGAGUACACAGCCGAAGGGAAGAAUAAAUCAAUUUUUUGAGCCUGUAAGAUCCUGUUUAUUUUUCCUUUAAGGCUGUCCAAUUCAUUUUUGGUUAAAGAGUCAGCCUUGGCGAUGACGGGGAUAAUGUUUACAUGCUUCGAUAGUUUUUUCAUCGCUACGACAUCUAAUGGAAGCAUACCAUAAGAAACUGGUUUAAUGAAAUACAGACAAACAUGAACCCUGCUGUCCUUUCUCUGGAUUCUUAAUGACUGCUGAUCAUGCAAUAGGUAUUUCUCGUGCUGGUCAUCUAGGUAUUCAGUUACUACAUCCCAACAAUCCUUAUUGUUUAUGAAGUCCCCGAAGCCCACGGUGUCAAGAACCGUCAGGUUGAGUCGAAAGUCAUCUUCUUCGAUUAUAGCUUUCGUCUUCUCUAUUUGAACUUCCUUCUGCUUGUGCUCCUUUCCGAAGUUAUCGUCUGUUUUGGGAGGCUUUACCAAGCUAGAAAACAGAGUAUUGCAGAAAGUAGUUUUGCCGGUUCCUGAGCUACCGCAGAGCAUAACAGUGAAAGAGCAUUCUUUCUUUUUUAUGAAAAUCUCUCUAACGUGUUGUAAUGACUUAGUAAAAUGAUCUUUUGGUUACAAGUUUGACUUACCUGUUUGGAGGUAAACUCGUUUCAUUGUAGAGCAAUUGAGGUUUUUCUACAAGUGGCAUUUUACUUAUGAAAUUUUAUCAGUAAACGAAAUAAUAAUGAAUCCUUUUUCAGUUGGAUUUUGGUUGAUGAUUGCUGGCAAUGGCUAAGUUCAGUUCUCUGUAAACAGUAAAUUUCAAG